AGGGGUUUUAAUGGAAGGUUUCGAGGAUUCAUUGGGCUGAAUUAAGAAGAAUUGUGUCAUUUUUAUUGGAGCUAAAGUUCAGGGAUUGUUUUGUAAAGAUUUCAAAAUAAAUGGGCUUAUAUCCCACCUCAUACGUGAGAAAAGAGGAGGGGCUGCACUUUUGAAAAUGAGAUUGCUCAUUAAUCCACGCACCAGCAACCCAAAAAGAAAAGGAAAGAAGAAAAAAAGCCCAAGAAAAACAAGAAGUUGGAGGGUUUUAGGGGCUGCUCUAUUAUUAUUUUUGGGGGGACUCUCCAUCUAUUAUGAAGGCAAGGAGGAAUCUGGCUGCGGAGAAAAGAGCCGAAACCGGACGGGGAAAGCAGACCAGAUUCUGGGAAGGAAGUCGCUUGGCAUCGUAAAAGUCAUCGAUUUCAGAAUUCUUCCUCUAGAAAAUUUGCGGUUUGAUUCAGCUAGUGUUCCAAACUUUCUUCAUAUUAUUUCUUUCGUAAACUUGCUUUAGUUUAAGCACUUGAGUAUUGGCAACAAUCAUUUAUUGUUGAUUGUUUAGAUGAUCAAAAUGAACUCUUUGUUCCCAUUCUUUUUAAUAAUUUCCUAUGUUAGGAUGAGUAGCUAAAUUUUCCUAAGUCCAGGAACAUGAUGAAGUUGCUAUGAUUUAGUAUGAAUUGUGAUUUUAGUUAUGUCAAUUGGUUGAGUUUUAUCCAUUGAUCUUAUUCGCUUAAUUUAAUUAUGUUAAAUUCUGGCCAACUUUAAUAUGAUUAAUUAAGUUGUUUGAGUGGAUUGAUAGAGUACAUGUCAUGCCUAUUAAUUCGAGCUCUUUUGGAUAAAAGAAUAGAUAAUUCAACUGUCUUGUUAAGUUAUUUAUUUGAUUCUUAAAUCGGGUUUCCGUAGUUCUUUUGUGAUUAAUGGAUUUUAACUAUUGAAUUAAUAAAUUCUUAUUGAUUAAUAGUUAAAGUACGUGACUUAUUCUGGACGCCAUACGGAAUAGUCAUAUUUCUGUCUAGAACGAACCCUCAAUUUCAGUUGACUAACUAAAUCAUAAAUACUAAAAAUUAUUUUAUUGACAGAUUCAUAAUCUUGAACUAUCUUUUCUCUUGCUAAAUUCUCAAUCACUUUUCUGUUAGUUGUUUAAUCAUUUUAUUUUCAUUCAUUUAAAUUCCUUGAAUCCAUUUUAAUUCAAGCUUUAAUUUUCAGUUUCAAAUCAAACAAAUUCAAAAUUCAUUUUUUAGUUAGAUUAAUUAAAAUUUUAUUUUUAUUAAUAGUUUUUCAAUUACAUAGUUGCACUUUCCCCGUGGAUUCGACCCUUACUUGAGCACUGCACUACCGUGACUCGUGCACUUGCGAGGACUUAUAAAUUGUCUAUCAAUUUUUGGCGCCGUUGCCGGGGAAUUUGUUUAACUAGUUUUUGAAAAAUUGUUAGUUUAGUUUUAUUUUAGUUAGUUGUGUUUGUUUUUCUUUUUUUCGUUUUUUUGUUGUAUGCUUGGUCGCAGGUCUCUUAAUCCAGAUUUGAUAUCGCUGAACGACCAAGUAGAUUUAAUUGGCAAACGAACAAAAAGGAGGCUCGAAUUUACUCCUAAUUCAACAAUGGGUGACGCUACACUGAUGAAAGAGUUUGGGAGGCCAACUGUUGGUGCCUCCCCGUCCUGCAUUGUACUGAGUGAGGCUGCCCGGAAUUAUGAUCUGAAGACAGUUCACUUUAACAAAUUGCCGUCUUUCCAUGGGCUUGCUUCUGAGGAUGCGCUGAUCUUCAUCCGAGAUUUCUAUGGCAUCAUCCAGAAUUUUCCCUUGCAAGGAGUGACUGAAGAUGAUCUGAGGAUGAGGUGCUUUCCUUACACUCUAAAAGAUGCUGCGAAGACAUGGUUUAUGUCUUUAACACCUGGUUCGUUGCGCACAUGGGCUGAUGUCUACAACAAGUUUAUUGGCAAGUAUUAUUCUCAGUCUAAAACUUCAAAACUGAGAAGAAAAAUUGCCAAUUUCACUCAAGCUGAGGGUGAGCCAUUCCAUGAGGCGUGAGAGAGAUUUAAAAUGCUGCUCACUCAAUGUCCACACCACGGCUAUUCACUAGCGCUCCAGAAUCAGACUUUCUAUGACGGGUUGACCCAAGGAAGCCAAGCAAUCGUUGAUAACGCAGCUGGUGGAGCAAUGGGAGAGAAGACUGCAGAGCAGACCUUAGAACUAUACGAGAUGCUUGGAGCUAACUCCCAACAGAGGAGCGUUCGUGGGAAGACUCAAGGAAUGUACGAAGUUGGUGCAAGUACAGAAUUGGCAAUCCAAAUAUCCGAGCUAUCCAAGCAAAUGAAGAAUAUGUGUUCGAUGAUGGCGAUGAAUCAAUCUGCCGCUGCAGUGAAUGAAAUGCCGGAGGCUAGUCUUGAACAAGCUAAUAUGAUGAAUUCAUACAAUCAGAGGCCAAGAAAUGAUCCAUUCUCCAAUUCCUAAAACCCCGAUUGGAGGAAUCAUCCUAACUUCUCAUGGUCAAAUACGCAACAAAGCAACCAACCACCUCCUGAACCAAAGAAGCCAUCUUUGGAGGACACUUUGCAGAACUUUAUGCAAAUUUGUAGCAGCAACCAGCAAGCUAAUGAGCAGCGUUUUCAGCGCACUGAUGCCUCUUUGAGGAAGCUAGAAGUACAAGUUGGGCAGAUUGCAGAAUCUCUCCAAGGACACGUACACGGGAAGCUACCAAGUCAAUCUGAAGAGGCCAAAGCAGUCACGGUUCUUAGGAGUGGGAAGAUAAUUCAGAAAAACGAAGAUCAGCCCAUUCUCAAGCUACUGGAGAAUGUAGAGGCUGAGAAGAAGCAAGAAGUAGAGGCUGGAAAGAAGAAAGAAGUGGAGGCCGAUUCGGUGUACGAAGAGUCCGGGCUGCACAAAGCAAAAGAUCCGUAUAUUCCGCCUAAACCAUAUGUGCCACCGGCUCCUUUUCCAAACAGGUUAAAAAGUUCCAAGUUUGAUAAAUCUUUUGAUGAGAUUUAUGAUUUGUUGUCCAAAGUUAAUGUAAACUUGCCUCUUCUUGAAAUGAUAACUAAUAUGCCUGCCUACGCUAAAUUUUUGAAAGAAUUAAACACUAGAAGGCGUAGGUAUGAACCAAAUGAAAAGGUUUUUGUUUCUCAGGCUGUUAGUGUUGUUUUACAGAAGGACUUGCCCCCAAAAUUAGAAGACCCUGGCAGUUUUAUUAUCACCAUUACUUUAGGGAAUUCUAGAUCUGAAAAAGCUAUGCUUGAUUUGGGGGCGAGUAUUAAUUUAAUGCCUUACUCUGUUUAUUUGAAAUUAGGUUUGAAUGAGCUAAAAACCACUACAAUGUCCCUGCAGCUUGCUGACCGCUCUAUAAGAUACCCUAGGGGCAUUGUAGAGGAUGUUUUAGUUCAAGUUGAUAAGCUGAUUAUUCCUGCUGAUUUUGUGGUUUUAGAUAUGAGUGAUCAGUGCAAAUAUGUGAAAGAUAUGCCAAUCCUACUUGGUAGACCUUUUAUGGCCACAGCUAAAACUAUGAUUGAUGUUCAAAAUGGAAAAUUAACCAUGAGUGUACUUGAUGAAACUGUUGAGUUUUCCAUUUUGAAAUCCAUAAAUAUGCCGGCAGAUUCUGAUUCAUGUUUUGCACUUGAUAUGCUUGAUUCUAUUGUUCCUUUGAGUAUUUUACAGGAAGAUGAGCUUGAGCUUGCUUUGACUCUUGAUGCACAAGAGUUUGAUGAUGAAAAAGUGAGCGAGAUGAGGGAAUUUUUGGACAAAACUGAGGUGCAAAGUGAGGAAAGAGUGGCUGAUUGUGAGUUGGAAAAAAAUCAGCAUGUUGAAAAUCCACCUCAAGUGCAACUGAAACCCCUCCCCUCUAAUCUGAAAUAUGUGUUUCUAGGGUGUGAUAGUACUUUUCCUGUUAUUAUUGCAUCUGACUUGACACAGGAACAAGAAGAGCAGUUGCUUAAGGUGUUGAGGAAGUUUAAAGCUGCGUUUGGUUGGGCAAUUUCUGAUUUGAAAGGAAUUAGUCCAACUGUUUGUAUGCAUAAAAUCUUGCUGGAAGAAGGUGCUAAUCCAUGUAGACAACCUCAACGGAGGCUGAAUCCGAAUAUGAAAGAGGUAGUGCGAGUAGAAGUUCUUAAGUUGCUCGAUGCAGGUAUUAUCUUUCCUAUUUCUGACAGUAAAUGGGUUAGUCCUGUGCAAGUUGUGCCUAAGAAGUCUGGGAUUACUGUCGUGAGUAAUGAGAAAAAUGAGUUGGUACCCACACGGGUUACCACAGGGUGGCGGAUGUGUGUUGAUUAUAGAAAAUUAAAUGCAGCCACUAAAAAAGAUCAUUUCCCUUUACCUUUUAUUGAUCAAAUGUUAGAGCGCUUGGCUGGCCAUGCGUUCUAUUGUUUUCUUGAUGGUUUCCAAGGUUACAACAAUCAGAUUCCGGUUGCUCCGGAAGACCAAGAAAAAACUACUUUUACAUGUCCAUUUGGAACUUUCGCUUUUCGUAGAAUGUCCUUUGGAUUAUGUAAUGCUCCUGGUACUUUUCAGCGAUGUAUGAUGUCUAUUUUUUCUGAUAUGAUCGAGAAGUUUGUUGAGGUUUUUAUGGAUGAUUUUUCCUUAUUUGGUGACUCUUUUGAUCAUUGUUUGCAUAAUCUGUCGCUAGUUCUUGAAAGAUGUGUUCAAAUGAAUUUGAAUCUUAGUUGGGAGAAGUGUAAAUUUAUGGUUAAAGAAGGGAUUGUUUUGGGUCACGUGGUUUCUAGCAGGGGGAUUGAAGUUGAUAGGGCUAAAAUUGAUGUUUUUCUAAGAUUUGUAAACCUCUAUGUAAUCUGUUAGCUAAGGAUGCAAAUUUCAGCUUUGAUGAUGAUUGUCUUGUUGCUUUUAAUGUGCUGAAAGAAAAAUUAACUUCUGCCCCAAUACUUGCUGCCCCGAACUGGUCAUAUCCGUUUGAGAGUAUGUGUGAUGCCUCUGAUUUUGCAAUUGGUGCUGUUUUGGGUCAAAGAAUUGACAAGCUGCCUUAUGUGAUUUAUUAUGCUAGUCCAACUUUAGAUAAUGCACAGAUUAACUAUUCUACAACUGAAAAAGAAUUGUUAGCAGUUGUCUUUGCAUUAGAAAAGUUCAGGUCUUAUUUGAUUGGAUCUAAGGUGAUUGUUUAUUCUGAUCAUGCUGCUUUGAAGUACUUGUUGCUGAAAAAGGAUGCUAAACCUAGGUUGAUUAGGUGGAUUUUAUUGUUGCAAGAGUUUGAUUUGUCUAUUAGGGACAAGAAAGGAAACGAGAACGUGGUGGCUGAUCAUUUAUCACGCCUCCCUGAUCAGACUGGAUAUUCUGGGAAAGAGCUAGAGAUGCCUCUUAACGACAGGUUUCCCGAUGAAGGUUUGUUUUCUGUGAUGAACAAAGAGCCAUGGUAUGCUGAUCUUGUUAAUUAUUUGGUUACUGGUAAGUUUCAUCCCGAUUUAAAUUCACAGGGUAGAAAACAUUUUCUCUCCAAAGUGAAACAUUAUUUCUGGGAUGAACCUUACUUGUUUAAAAUCUGCCCUGAUCAGACUAUAAGGCGCUACAUUCCUGAACAUGAACAAGAAAGUGUUUUGCAUCAUAGUCAUACUUUAAAUUGUGGUGGGCAUUUUAGUGGAAAAAAGACUGCAUUUAAAGUUUUGCAAUCUGGUUUUUAUUGGCCUACUCUCUUUAAAGAUGCAAUUUCUUUUUGUGCUAAAUGUGAUCGUUGUCAGAGAGUAGGGAAUAUUAGCAAACGUCAUGAGAUGCCUCUUACGAAUAAUCUGGUUGUAGAGUUGUUUGACGUUUGGGGUAUUGAUUUUAUGGGCCCGUUUCCUACUUCUUUUGGGUUUAAUUUUAUUCUGGUUGCAGUUGAUUACGUGUCUAAAUGGAUUGAAGCUAUUGCCACUAGAACUAAUGAUAGUCGAGUGGUGCUGAAUAUUUUGAAAGAAGUGAUUUUUGCUAGGUUUGGGGCACCGAGGGCUAUCAUUAGUGAUAGUGGUAGCCACUUUUGUAACAAGAUUUUUGCAGGAUUGCUGAAAAAGUAUGGUGUUACGCAUCGGAUUGCAACACCUUACCAUCCACAGACUUCGGGACAAGUUGAGGUGAGUAACAGACAGAUUAAGGGUAUCUUGGAAAAAACUGUGAAUCCUUCACGCAAGGAUUGGGCUAAUAGGCUGAACGAUGCAUUGUGGGCUUACCGGACAGCCUACAAAACUCCAAUUGGAAUGAGCCCAUACAGGUUAGUUUUCGGUAAACCUUGCCAUUUGCCUGUAGAGUUGGAACACCGAGCCUACUGGGCUAUCAAGGCGCUGUACUUUGAUAUGAAAGAAGCAGGUGAGUUAAGAAAAUUGCAUUUGAAUGAGUUGGAUGAGAUUAGGAAUGAUGCAUAUGAGAGUGCGAAAAUUUAUAAAGACCGCACUAAACUUUUUCAUGAUAAAUCCAUUUUGACGAGAGAUUUAAAACCUGGGAUGGAGGUGUUGUUAUAUGACUCUCGUUUAAGGCUUUUUCCAGGGAAGUUAAAAUCUAGGUGGACUGGACCGUUUUUAAUUCGCCAAGUUUUUCCUCAUGGAGCGAUUGAGCUUGAAAACCCCAAAUCUGGGAAUGUUUUUAAGGUGAACGAUCAGCGAGUGAAACAAUAUUUGAGAAGUGAAGAUGUAGUUGAGCAAGUUGAGUGUCUUGAGCUUCGGGAAAAUCGUUGCUCAUGUUGUGUCUAGUCAUAGUUUUAAUAUGAAAAAAAAACAUUUUCUUAAUUCUGUUGUUUUUUCCUCCCCUCCCCAUCUUGUUCUUUUCUUUCUUUGUUUCUUAGUUUUGCAGGUUACGUUUCAAGAUGUUUCAAUUCUAAUUUGCUGUGCAUUCAGGGAGUUCUUCUUCACCUUUCUCUUGUUUCUUAAUCUUUCAUUGAGGACAAUGCUUGAGAUAAGUGUGGGGGGGAGUAGCUCUCAUUUUUUAGUUCUAUUCUAGUUCCAAAAAAAAACUGUUUUCUUGCUUGGAUUUGAGGGAAAUUUAAUUUCAGGAUUACUUUUUCGGCUUCAAGUUGGGACAAGUUCCCUUUCAUUGGUAUGUGGUAUGAUUGGUGGUCUCCAUGAUAAGUUUUCUCUUGAAUUUGAUUGAGUUCUUCACAUUGUUCUUACUUGGAGUCAAUUUCUUAGCUUCUUGUGCCAUUCAUUUAGAUGUAUUUCUCAAUUCUUUAUGACCUUUUAGGAUGCAUCUUUAACUUUCUUGGGAGGAGUGUGACUCCUUUAUCUUUUAGCUAACAUGAUAGAACUUGUCUCGUCGCUCUUUUGGAAGCUGAGUUAUUGUGCAAACUGAUUGAGAAAUGAUCUAGACCAUUUUUCAUAGCCCCAAACCUUUUAGCCUACCCAUUGCAUUUUAUUUCCACUUGCUACCCCCUUUGAGCCUAAUUUGUCUUAAAGCAUUCUACCAUGCUUUUGACUGAUAAUUCUUUCUAAUUACCCAACAAUGUUGACCCCGAGCCCAGAUAGCCAAAAUGUAUCCCACACCCUUGAGUUGACAUUUUCUUAUACUUAAAUUGUGACUUGGAAGAGUUUAUCUUUUGGGGAGCAUUUUUCUUUGUUAUUCCCGGCAUUUUGUAUGGGUUCAAUGUUGUUGGUGCUGAUUCUUGUGAGAUGUCAGUUGACUUGAAACUGCAAAAAAAAAAAGAAAAAAAAAGUUCAAAAAAAAAAAAAUUGAAAGUUGAAAAGUGAAGAAGUGAGUUGAAGUUGUAUUCUUUGAGCUCCAUAUUUGUAUCUCUUUAUCUUAGAAGCCGGUUGAUUGUUGUAAGAGUUUAGUUGCUCCCUUUGUCAUAUAUUGAACUCUUCCUAUGAUCAUUUUGGUAUAGGAAAUGUCUCCUCCUUUAUUUGAAUUCCCACAUCCUUUCUUUCUUUAAAUCAUUACCCCAUGGCCACGUUACAACCCCAAUAAAAGUCCUAAGUAAUCUUGAUCAAGUUUGUGCUUUGAUAAGGUGGAAGGAAUAGCAUGAGAUGACUAUAGAGUGCUGAUUGAUUGGCUUAGAACUUUACAUAAUUUCUGGAAAGUUACUUGAGCAUUUCACUAGGUCGUUUAGAAUUGUAAAAUACAUCUCUAUUAAUGACAUGUGAGUCUAGGUGAUUGACUUUUUAGUUUGACAUUGUGGUGGAUACUUGAUUCUAAUUUCUUGGGAAUAUCUUGUCAUGGAAGGGUUUGUUGGAAUGCUUGGUGAGUGAAAGGGAAUUUUGAACACUUGUUGUUGAAUUAGUUUCUUGAUUUUAAUUUUCCUUGAGGACAAGCAAAAAUGCAAGUGUGGGGGAGUUUGAUGAGCUGGAAUUUGUACUUCAUUUUUGUAUUAUUUUAUCACAAUUUUAUGCUUAUCAUUUGCCUAAUUGAGAGGUUUGACUUAUAUUUUUUUGUUAAAAAUGAAUUUUAGAGUGCAGGGGUUUUAAUGGAAGGUUUCGAGGAUUCAUUGGGCUGAAUUAAGAAGAAUUGUGUCAUUUUUAUUGGAGCUAAAGUUCAGGGAUUGUUUUGUAAAGAUUUCAAAAUAAAUGGGCUUAUAUCCCACCUCAUACGUGAGAAAAGAGGAGGGGCUGCACUUUUGAAAAUGAGAUGGCUCAUUAAUCCACGCACCAGCAACCCAAAAAGAAAAGGAAAGAAGAAAAAAAGCCCAAGAAAAACAAGAAGCUGGAGGGUUUUAGGGACUGCUCUAUUAUUAUUUUUGGGGGGACUCUCCAUCUAUUAUGAAGGCAAGGAGGAAUCUGGCUGCGGAGAAAAGAGCCGAAGCCGGACGGGGAACGCAGACCAGAUUCUGGGAAGGAAGUCGCUUGGCAUCGUAAAAGUCAUCGAUUUCAGAAUUCUUCCUCUAGAAAAUUUGCGGUUUGAUUCAGCUAGUGUUCCAAACUUUCUUCAUAUUAUUUCUUUCGUAAACUUGCUUUAGUUUAAGCACUUGAGUAUUGGCAACAAUCAUUUAUUGUUGAUUGUUUAGAUGAUCAAAAUGAACUCUUUGUUCCCAUUCUUUUUAAUAAUUUCCUAUGUUAGUAUGAGUAGCUAAAUUUUCUUAAGUCCAGGAACAUGAUGAAGUUGCUAUGAUUUAGUAUGAAUUGUGAUUUUAGUUAUGUCAAUUGGUUGAGUUUUA